UGGAGCUGCAGGAGUAGUUGUUCUGUGAUCGUCUACCUCGCAGGCUGAUGUUGUUUGGAGGAAGAAAAGGGUCCUCCUGAAUUUGGAUUUCCUCUUAAAGAAACAUCUGCGAGCAUUUUACGGACAAGGAGCACUGCUUCCUCCUCAGUAUGGAGAAGUACGAGAAGAUUGGAAAGAUUGGAGAGGGCUCGUAUGGAGUCGUCUUCAAGUGCAGAAACAAAGACACGGGCCAGAUCGUCGCCAUCAAGAAGUUUGUCGAGUCAGAGGAUAAUCCCAUCAUUAAAAAAAUUGCACUGAGGGAGAUCAGGAUGCUCAAGCAACUGAAACACUCCAACCUGGUGAAUCUGAUCGAAGUGUUUCGACGCAAACGGAAGCUUCACCUGGUCUUCGAGUACUGCGAUCACACCGUCCUCAACGAGCUGGACCGCCAUCCCAGAGGCGUCCCAGAGCAUCUUGUUAAAAGUAUAACCUGGCAGACGCUUCAGGCCGUCAACUUCUGCCACAAACAGAAUUGCAUCCACAGAGACGUCAAGCCGGAGAAUAUUCUCAUCACCAAGCAUCAAGUCAUCAAACUCUGCGACUUUGGCUUUGCCAGGAUACUCACUGGUCCGUGUGACUACUACACCGACUACGUUGCGACCCGCUGGUAUCGCGCCCCUGAACUGCUGGUGGGAGACACUCAGUACGGCCCCCCGGUGGACGUGUGGGCAAUCGGUUGCCUGUUUGCUGAGCUCCUCUCGGGGACGCCUCUGUGGCCCGGGAAGUCGGACAUGGACCAGCUGUACCUGAUCAUAAAGACCCUCGGAGAUCUGAUUCCUCGACACCAGCAGGUCUUCAGCAACAACCAGUUCUUCUGUGGAGUAUCCAUUCCAGAGCCACAACAGAUGGAAUCUUUGGAGCAAAAGUAUCCAAACCUCUCACAUCAAACUCUGAGCCUGAUGAAGGGCUGUCUGCGGAUGGACCCGUCUGAGCGGCUGACCUGUGAGCAGCUCCUCCAGCAUCCGUACUUCGACAGCCUGAGAGAAAGAAACGAGAGCACAUCUCGACAGCAGGACCGCUCCGGCAACAAAAGGACACGUUUACCUCGCAGACACGUUCCCCCCGGGUAUUUGCCACAGUUGACCAGCAGCAGCUUCUUUCCAGCUCUGGACAAUAAGAGGUACUACAACAACCUGCGCAAAUUCAACUAUCACCUACCGAACAUCUAAUCCCGCUGGUCCUGAUCCGAGUCCAACCACCACCAAGAGCUCAGUAACGUGACGCAUACUCCAGUAGCACUUUUUAAACACAUUUAAUGAAGCUCCAACCACUUUUUAUGAGGUGUAUCACAUGAGGUGUCUCUAGUAUCUCUCUCGUUGAUGUCAGUCUAUGCACUACUCCCAGCAGGUCAUGUUGGUUUAUGUAUGUCGCCGUCGUUUCAGGCUGAUUUUGUAUAGAGACAAGAAGCAGUGAGCUGCUCCGCUCGUAGCUGCACAGUAGACUGAAGGAAAAACUCCAAUGUACUGCCUUGCCUGGUUUGCC